AGAUGCCUUGACUAGACUCAAUGAUACUUUUUUGGCGAUGGAGGUUGGAGCUACUGGGGAUAAGAAGAUGUUGAUCUUGGAAAAAGUCAACAACAUACAGACAUGGAUUAGUUCUGCGAUGACAGAUCGAGAUGCUUGCAUAGAGGGCGUGAAUUGAAAAUUAAAUCAUGGGUGAAAUUGAAUACUAAUAUAAAUACAGGGUUCAAAGAAGUUGUUUUCGCCAGAUUCAAAAAAGAAAAAAUAAAGCAUGGCCUGGGAAGCCAUUGCUGUACACAAUGAGCAAGACAGAAUCUCUCUGUCUGUCUUUGUUGAAUAUUUGCAAGAGCCUGACAACUUUCAAACAAAUCCACGCCAAUGUUCUCAAACUCGGCCUUGAAUCUGACCCUUUCAUCACAGGAAAGCUAUUGCACCAUUGUGCGAUUUCGCUCUCUGAUUCUCUGGACUAUGCUUGCCGCCUCUUUCGCUACACUCCAAACCCAGAUGUUUUCAUGCACAACACUCUCAUUAGAGGACUUUAUGAGUCAGAUAGACCCCAGGAUUCACUUCUUAAGUUCAUUGAAAUGAGGAGGAACUCUUUUUCUCCUCCUGACAGUUUUUCUUUCGCUUUUAUUGUCAAAGCGGCGGCGAAUUUGAGGUCUGUGAGAGUUGGGAUCCAGUUGCAUUGUCAAGCAUUGGUUCAUGGGCUUGAUACCCAUCUCUUUGUUGGGACGACUUUGAUUAGUAUGUAUGGGGAAUGCGGGUUUGUUGAGUUUGCGAGGACGGUAUUUGAUGAAAUGCCUGAGCCAAAUGCGAUUGCCUGGAAUGCGAUGGUCACUGCGUGUUGUAGGGGUGGUGAUAUGAAGGGUGGAAGAGAAUUGUUUGACUUGAUGCCUGUGAGGAACUUGAUGUCGUGGAAUGUUAUGCUUGCUGGGUACACGAAAGCUGGGGAGCUGGAACUGGCUAGGGAGAUGUUUUUGGAGAUGCCAAUGAAGGAUGAUGUCUCGUGGAGUACCAUGAUUGUUGGUUUUGCUCAUAAUGGGUAUUUUGAAGAGGCUUUUAGUUAUUUCAGAGAGCUGCAGAGGAAGGGGAUGAGGCCGAAUGAGACAAGCUUAACUGGGGUGCUUUCAGCGUGUGCACAGGCUGGUGCACUUGAGUUUGGCAAAAUAUUACAUGGCUUUAUUGAGAAAUCUGGGUUGACUUGGAUUGUAUCAGUUAACAAUGCAUUAUUGGAUACUUAUUCCAAGUGUGGGAAUGUACAUAUGGCUCAACUAGUUUUCGAGCGAAUAAUGAAUGAAAGAAACAUUGUUUCUUGGACUUCGAUGAUGGCUGCGCUCGCAAUGCAUGGUCAUGGGGAAGAAGCAAUAGGGAUGUUUCAUAAGAUGGAAGAGUCUGGAAUUAGACCUGAUGAGAUUGCCUUUAUUUCACUUUUAUAUGCUUGUAGUCAUGCUGGAUUGGUCGAACAAGGAUGUGAAUAUUUUGAUAAGAUGAAAGGCAUGUACAAUAUAGAACCAUCUAUUGAGCAUUAUGGCUGCAUGGUCGAUCUAUAUGGUCGGGCUGGUCAACUUCAGAAGGCCUAUGAAUUUGUUUGUCAAAUGCCAAUUCCAUGUACUGCAAUUAUUUGGCGGACACUUCUUGGGGCUUGCAGCAUGCAUGGUGAUGUUAAGUUGGCGGAACAAGUGAAAGAAAGACUUUCAGAGCUAGACCCCAACAACUCUAGUGACCAUGUUCUGCUGUCAAAUGCCUAUGCAGUUGCAGGGAAAUGGAAGGAUGCUGCUUCUGUGAGAAGAUCAAUGACUGAACAGAGAAUCACCAAAACUCCUGGUUGGAGCAUGAUUGAAGUUGACAAAAUCAUGUAUACUUUCUUGGCUGGCACAAAACAAUAUAAGAUUACAGAAGAGGCUUACAAGAAGCUAAAGGAGAUUAUAACGAGGCUUAGGGUUGAAGGGGGUUAUGUUCCAGAGAUUGGAAGGGUUUUACAUGACAUAGAAGAGGAAGAAAAGGAAGGUUCAGUGUCAGUGCAUAGCGAAAAGGUUGCUGUAGCUUUUGGUAUUGCAAGGUUGUGCAAGGGGAGGACUAUAAGAAUAGUUAAGAAUUUGAGGAUUUGCAGGGACUGUCAUGCAGUGAUGAAGCUUAUUUCUCAGAUUUAUAAAUUGGAGAUCGUGGUGAGAGAUAGAAGCCGCUUUCACUCUUUCAAGGAUGGUUAUUGUUCAUGCAGAGAUUACUGGUAAAUGCUGAUUACUUAAAGCAAACGAAACAGAAAAAGUCCCGAUGAUCAGGAUAACAAUAUUUUGGAAGGGUAUGCUUUACAAAUGAUAAUCACAGUUGCUAAGUCGGACAUGCUAUCUGUAAAGCUUUUUAAAUAGCCAUUUGCUUCGCUGAUUUACUUCCAUUGCCGCAAUAUUCUUGGCGUUUUCCUCAUUUUCUAAAAGUGUACAAGCUUCCGAGAAGAUCUCGUCUUCCAUGUCUGGUAUAGCUUGAAGUGCAUCGACAAUGACUUCGAUUGACAGGUUUCUUCUUCGUGUUCCUCCAUAACUACCAUUAGUUUCUGACCCAGGUGCUUCUUGAGCCUCUCCUUUCCCGUGUCUGCCAACUUUCCUUGAAGAAACCACCACUGAGGAAGAAAGAGACUAUCGUUUCUGCCUUGGGUCAGAUAUUUCAAGUUGAUAUGGUGUAUCUCCAAAAACGCCAUCAAUCCCCAUAUCGAAUUCGUUGUUGUCAAACCCCAUUUUUACACCCAGAUGACUUGCUUUUCCCAUUGCCAUGCUAUUACCAUAUAGUACACAAAUAUCAUUAUAACUGUCCAGGAAUCUGUCUGCACCUGGGUGCUCCUGCAGAAAAUAUUCAUAAAAUGAGAAGCAAAUAAAAAUUUUGGUUAAAUGGUAUUGAAGGCCUGCCAUACCUAGGGGAGUUAAAACUGUAAGCCAUGAGGACAUGUUUAUGUUUGAGAAGGAAACAUACCUUGAUAUACGCAU